AUGGCUGAAUUGGAAAAGACGGAGCUGGAGGCCCUCGAGGUCGUCCGCUCGGGUGGCCAAGAGCCCGAUGUCUUCAUUGAAGAGAUGGAGCGCCAGCUCGAGGAGGCCGGCGGUUUGGAUCGCGGGUUCUUCAACAUCGAGUUCAAUAAUCCCAAACACUUCACGUGGCUGCUCGUCGCUUUCGCCAGUAUGGGAGGGUUGCUCUCGGGUAUAGAUCAAAGUACGAUCUCGGGGGCAAACCUUUACCUCCCCAAGGACCUCCACCUGGAUUCCAGGCAGAACAGCCUAGUAAACUCGGGAAUGCCUCUGGGUGCGGUCGGAGGGGCUUUGAUUCUAUCUCCAAUGAACGAAUACUUUGGCAGAAAAUGGGCCAUUCUGAUCUCCCUGAUCUUGUAUACUAUCGGUGCGGCUCUUGAAGCUGGCUCAAUAAACUUUGGUAUGAUUGUUGCCGCUCGGGUGAUCCUCGGUGUUGGUGUUGGUCUGGAGGGAGGAACUGUCCCGGUCUAUGUUGCCGAGACAGUAGAGCGGCGGAUGCGAGGCAACCUAGUAUCGCUAUACCAGUUCAAUAUCGCUCUUGGAGAAGUCCUUGGAUAUGCCAUUGGUGCCAUGUUCCUCCGAGUCCGGGGGAAUUGGCGCUAUAUUCUUGGAUCAUCGCUCGUUUUCUCAACCAUCAUGUUUGCCGGCAUGCUCUUUAUGCCCGAAAGUCCUCGCUUCUUGAUGCACAAGGGAAGGACCCUAGAUGCCUACAAGGUUUGGAAGCGCAUCAGAGGCAUCCACUCGCCUGAGUCCAGGGAGGAGUUCUAUGUCAUGACUGCUUCUGUGCGUCAGGAAGACACGGAGGUUACCGAAUCUGCAUACAACCGGCGGUUCCCCUGGAUGGAUUUCUUUACUGUUCCGCGUGCCCGCCGUGCCCUCAUUUACGCCAACGUCAUGAUCAUCCUCGGACAAUUGACGGGGGUCAAUGCUAUCAUGUACUAUAUGUCUGUCUUGAUGAGCCAGAUUGGCUUCAACGACGAGCAGGCGAACUAUAUGUCUCUUGUUGGGGGUGGCUCUCUCCUUCUCGGCACACUCCCCGCCAUCUUCCUCAUGGAAACCUGUGGUCGACGAUUCUGGGCCAUUGUCAUGCUCCCGGGGUUCUUCAUCGGCUUGGUCUUGAUUGGCAUCAGUUACCAGUUUUCUGUUGAGACUCAUCUCAUGACUGUGGAAGGUCUGUACCUGACUGGCCUGGUGGUCUACAUGGGGUUCUUCGGUUCAUACGCCUGCUUGACUUGGGUUGUUCCUGCUGAGGUCUACCCAACGUAUCUCCGAAGUUACGGCAUGACUACCUCCGAUGCGCUCCUCUUCCUGAUGGCCUUCACCGUCACCUACAACUUCACCGCGAUGCAAGAUGCGAUGGGUAAAACCGGCCUCGCUCUCGGAUUCUACGGCGGCAUUGCCGUGCUGGGCGAAAUCUACCAGAUCUUCUUCAUGCCCGAAACCAAGGACAAGACUCUCGAGGAGAUCGACGAGGUCUUCUGCCGUCCAACCAUGGAUAUUGUCCGCGAGAACUGGGCCGGCGUGAAGCAGAACAUGACCGACCUCUGCCAUGGCCGUUUCCGCAAGGUAUUUAUCGAACAGACCCAGCGCAGGCCUACCUUGCACAUAAGCCCCGAUGAGAAAGUGGUUGCAUAA